AUGGCCCCCACCACCAGAGGCAAGAUGCGCGCGAGUACGUCCAAGGUUACACUGGAAGACACCAAUGGAAUUGUCGAUGAAGAUCAUCUCCCGGAGGUUAAGGCAAGCCCACCAGCUCAAACAUAUAGCCAUGUCGAUGCUGGGAUCACCGCACUAGAGGGAUGCGCCUCACAGCUCAUGAAGAGCCUCCGCACCUUGAAGAAGGAUGUGAUUGAUUUGCAGAAAAAGAACAAGCAACUACAAGAAGACUUAGACCAAGCCCAAGAAGCGGCAGAUAGUCUUUCCCAACCAAAACCUGGAAAGAAGGGCGGACCAGGCGUCAAACAGCUGCAGGCAAAGGUGAAUGCCCUGAGGAAGCAGGUGGCCGAACUGGAACGGGGAAGAGAGCGCGACAGAAGAAAGAUGGCACAACUUCGAGCUAAAGAAAUUAGAAAAGACGCUGAAGAGCUCCAAGCCCAAGCCGACCUCGAAGUUGGAGAUACUGCACAUAAGAUGCGCAAGCUACUCCGGAGGUUCCAUGAUCUCAUGCUAGCUCCUUCUCUGGAAGGCGACGAAGAAUGCAAGAUAUGCUUCGAGAAACUGGAGCCGCAUGCUGCACUUGACUUGCGAACAUAUCUUCUGCAAGGGCUGCACGCAAAAGUUCCUAAGGACGAGCUAGAACCUGUGGAAUAUCUUGCGUCGGAACAGUGGGACGCUCUCCUAGAGGUCGCCAAGCGGUGGGCCAAGUUUGACAGGCGACGCGAAUUGGAGACCAGUGACGAAGAAAACGAGGAGCAGUUCGUUGAUGACGAACGCGAAACUUCGGAAACUAGAUCUGUGUCCUCAAAGCCUGAACCUGAGUCACUAGGAAAAGCCGAGUCAUCCUCGCCGCCGCCAGCAAAGGGCAAAGGACGGCUAGUGCGACGCACGCCUACCCGAGCUUCAAGCGUGGCCUCUUCAGUCCCAGGAGAAGAGGAAGUAAGUCUGGGGCAGGAGGCCGACAACACGGAAGGUAGGGUAUCCACACCACCUGCCGCAGAGUCCAGCGGAUCACAAGACAUGCCAUCGUACUCCCAAUCACCUGCUAAAGAAAAGCGACGUCGCUUGGAGCAGCUUGCGGAGACCCGGAACAAAAAACCACGGCUAUAA